AGAGGAAGCUCCAGCACAACGUUCUUUGGCAAUAUUCUGGACUGUCCUCUUGGGAAAGAAGAACCUAACAACGUUCUGCCAAACCAGCUGCCAUUGAGGUGCCUGGCUCCCAAAAUGGAAGGUUGUGCAUGUGGCAAGCUGGGAAGGAAAUUUUGGUUAAGACAGCCUGGACUUGAGUCCUGGGCUUCUUAGCCUCUGGGUUGUAAAGCAAGGGGUUUUAGUCCUGUAGAAGUGUGGACAUGAGAAAGCCAUGUGGCGUUGGAGGACACAACCGCGCUUGCAAAAUCCAACUGGUACGGUACCUGAGUGUACUAUGAUCCCUUUAUAUUAAAGAAUGAACUGUGAGACUGGAAGUCUUUAGCUUGGACAGGUAUUCCUAACCUGUCCUUGGAAGAGCUGGAAACCACUUUUAUGUGCACAAGGCCAGUUGUAACCCCUUAGGUGGAGCCCAGACUCCCAAGACCUCUGUGAGGGAGGUGCUGAUUGGCAGUGGGCGGCAACUUUUUGCAAACAUCUCCACUGGUUACAACAGGCACCUCUCAAGGCCUCCGGGACAGCUUUGUGAAGAAGGAAAGGGAACUACAGGGUGAGUAGGUUCCUUACCCUCUUCACACGACCUUGGUUGACCUUCUCAGGUUUUUCCCCAGCCUUUUUUGUUGACCUACCACUUGCCCUCAGGAAAGCAUUCUGGUGUUUUUAGACCACUCCCCGUGUACCCCCCACCCUCCCAUAACCCACUGAGAUGGUCUAGGUCAGCCUUUUCUGCCCCCUUCCCAGGGUCCUUUCAACCCCACCACUCUGCUGACUCUGCUCCUCUUGCCCACAGGUGGCUGUCAGGACCUGCCCCCUGUCCUCUACACCCAUCUCUUGCACUUGCCCAGCCUGCAGUGCAGUGAGCUAAGACCAGCAUCUGUGUGAACCUUUACUGUGAAAAUGUCACAGCCCGACCUGGUGGUCAGGGAACCCUGAGGCGUCCUGGUGCCGGAGGCCACUUUGAGGGUCUUCGCGGACCCUCUGUAGCUGUCCUCCCACCUCAUGAAGGAGUUCAUUCCCAGCAGUGGGCAAAAGGAACUCCUCUACUGGGCUUGGGCCCUCUAGGCCCCCUUGCUGCUCACCCUGGUUCCCAGCAUCUCAGCCCUGUUCCCACUUCUUCAACCCUCAGUCCCAGGUGAGUGUCCAGGGUAGAGAAGGACAAGGAGAUACCGCCCAGCUCCUUCAGCCACCCGUCUACCAAGGGCUCACCAAGUGGACACCAAAAAAGCGUGAUUUGUUAGAAGGGCCUUGGGACAGGAGGGGGAAGAACAUGCCAAGUGUAGGGAACAACAAAUACAAACCGAGACCUCAAAGUGUUGUGCAUGUUGGGGAAUGAGUGUACAGUGGACCUCCGAGGUGGGCUGGGAGACGCCACUGAUACGAUCAGGUAGCCCACAGUCUUGUCGCCAAAGAGCUUGGGGUGGUGGGGAGCUGUGUAAAUUGUGGGGUGGUUUACACAAUGCUGGUGGGAGAUGCAGAUGGGUUAGAGGGAGCAAGGGUGGGGGCUGGGAGGCCAUCAGGGCUGUUGGGUUUGUGCAGUACCUGGAGCGGUCUGGGCCUGAACCUGGGGAAAAGCCCACACCCGCGACACUUUCCUCUAACGUCUGGGUGUCUGUUGGCCUGAGCAAGGACCUGAGGGAAAGCAGGGCGUCGGCGGCUCCCUGUUCCCCUCCCCUGCAGCAAUCCCACGACACCUGGUCUGGAACCAGUGGCAACAUUGCUGCCCACUCCCCGUGGCCCCAUGCCCUAGAAGGAGCCAGGCCUCCAGGCAAAAGGCUCUGGCUGAGCAUAGGACCCUGGCCUCCCAUAGGCCCAAACAGCAGCACCUACCUCCCCUCUUACAGGCUUCCUGGAGCCUCAUCAGGUAGCUCCAGCCAAUACACAGCCCAGACCAGCAUGGUAAGUGGGGCCCAGAGAGGCUGGGACCUGGGAUGAGGGCCUGGCCUCUGCGUCCCUGUUCCACUUCCCAUGGGCUAUCCCAUCCAUCCCCUGUGAAGCCCCAAUACCUAUCCCACUGGUUCUCCAGGCAACGAGGGAAGAGCAAGGGAGCCCAAGCCUCCAUUUCCCUGGGCUCCAGGGACCUCUUAAGGGUCCACUCCCUCCCUAUACACAGACACAGUGGCCACAAUGGGGGUAUAUGGUCUGAUUUCUGACCUUCCCCAGACACCAUCUCCCCAUUUUUACCUGGUUGUGGGAGAUGUUCCAGGAGCCAUCUGGCUACCCUAUACUCCUGCUUGGGUGUGCUCUCCAGCCUGCAGUGUUCCCUGGCUCGUGAGGGCCUUUGACUACAUGCUCAGGGGCAAAGGAGGGCAAGAUAGGGGGAUCCCUGAGGGUGGAGACAGGCCAGGAUGACCCUGGGACCUGUGAUGCUAGCAAUACUCAGUCAUGGUCCUCUUCCUGUGCAGGGCAGGUCAGGCCAGCAGGUCUGGUGCAGGGCAGGCCUCACGAAGCCUCUUUAAAGGAUUCACUAGAUUCUCUAUUGAGGUUUGAUUUAUCGAAUUUCUUUACCCUUUAGUAUAAGGUGACUAUCUGCCUAAGAUUUAAACAGAUCCAUGGUGUGGUAUUUGUAGUUUAUAACAAGAAAUGUAUAUUUGGUCUUCAUCCUGUUCCUGGCACAGAGCUGCUAAAACCUGGAAGUUUCCUAUUACGAAGGACAAUAAAGGGUCUUUUGCUGUGUUAAUAUUGACUUGCCGAAAGCCGCUAGGUGACAAGGAUGCAGGCCGGAGGAAGCUCGAGGCUGAACAUUCUGGUGCCAUCUACGUCUGGGGACCCCUUUGCCGUCCAAGAGCACUUCUGCACUCACUGCACCCCACGGCCCACAGGACUGCGAGCCGCUGGAACGCACUGGAGCUUAAGAGACUGGGCCUCAUGUUGAGAAUUCAAGACAUAAAACCAAAGAUAGGCGCCCCCAAAAUGGUUCCUCCCAGCCCGCGGAAGUCUGGAGACCCACCCGCCAACAGCACCCUCUCGGGCCUCCGAGGACCUACAGCUCCGCCUAACCGCCGGCAGUGGCGGAGACUCGGUUUCCCAGAAGCCCCCCGGCUGGGUCCCGCCCACAGCUCUGCCGGGCGCCCCCUGGCGGCGCGCUUCAGCUCGGCUCCAGUUCCCGGCGGCCCGCGCGGCACGUUCUCGGCGGAAGGGCUGCUCGCGAUGGCUGGGGCUGGUUCUGCCGCUGUGUCCGGGGCAGGGACCCCCGUGGCGGGUCCCGCAGGCCGCGAUCUCUUCGCCGAGGGGCUCCUCGAGUUCCUGCGACCGGCUGUGCAGCAGCUGGACUCUCACGUCCACGCUGUCAGAGAGAGCCAGGUAGAGCUCCGGGAGCAAAUUGACAACUUGGCUACUGAACUGUGCCGAAUCAACGAGGAUCAGAAAGUGGCCCUGGAUCUCGACCCCUAUGUCAAGAAGCUGCUUAAUGCCCGGCGACGAGUUGUCUUGGUCAACAACAUUCUGCAGAAUGCGCAGGAACGGCUGAGGCGACUAAACCACAGUGUUGCCAAGGAAACAGCCCGCAGGAGGGCAAUGCUGGAUUCAGGAGUUUACCCUUCUGGUUCCCCGAGCAAGUAAACAGGCCAGAAGAUGGGGCUCCUGCCUGGCCCCAUAAUAGCACAAGUACUCUUCCCCAGCUGCCUUGCUUCCUCCAGGAACUCCCUGUAGACCUUGGGACAUCAAACAGGCAGCCCAGUUGUUUCUGUCUGAAGCACUUAAGUCUUACCCACUUAUAUGGGGCCCAAAGAAACCUGUGUACAGCAGGACUAAUGAUCCCAAAGGAUUUAUUAUGGCUCUUGCUUCCAAGAAUGGGCUGAGGACUCUACCUUUUUAAAACCUACAUUCUCAAGGCCCAGCUCCUCUACCUUCAAGCCUAGUUAAUGAGGGGCUUCCUCCAUUGCAUGUCCUCUACCUGUGACUUGUUUUCUUUUGUUUACACUGAGGAUUUGAAGGGCAGGCAAAGUCAAGGUAAUGACCUCUGUCUGCCCUCUUUUGUUGAUUGCACUGGGCUUGAAUACAGCAGUAUUGGUAGAACCAUUUCAUUCAAUAAAUGCUUAAACAGUGUUCUAGUUUA